AUGAUUGCUAGACAAUCGAGUGAUAUAGCAAAAUUUAAAGAGGCUUUAAAGGCUUCUAAACAAGUUGUUAUUUUAUCCGGGGCAGGUAUAAGCGCUGAAUCAGGAAUUCCUACAUUUAGAGGAGCCGGUGGCUAUUGGAGAAAAUAUCAGGCUUCAUCUUUGGCAACCCCUGAAGCUUUUAGAAACAACCCAAGUUUGGUCUGGGAAUUUUAUCAUUAUAGACGAGAAGUUGCAGCUAAAGCUCAACCAAAUCUGGGUCACAAAGCAAUUGCAGAUUAUGAGUCAAAACAUGGAACAGAAAAGAUUAUAACAGUGAUUACGCAAAAUGUUGAUGGACUGCAUGAAAGGGCGGGCACAAAAAAUUUGAUAGAAUUGCAUGGCAACCUAUAUAAGACUCGUUGCACUAAAUGCAAAGAAGUCCUUGUAAAUAAAGACAGUCCUAUAUGUGAGGCAUUAGCAGACAGAGGAGCUCCAGAUGUGAAUAUAGUUGGUUCCGACAUACCAGUGAAGUCACUCCCGCAUUGUAAAAAGCCCAAUUGCAGUGGACUCUUGAGACCACAUAUUGUUUGGUUUGGAGAAAGUCUGGAACAUGCAGUCUUAGAACGAGCAGAAGCAGCCAUGGCAACAUGUGAUGUAUGCCUUGUGGUCGGUACAUCAUCAGUUGUGUACCCAGCAGCGAUGUUUGCACCGCAAGCCGCCUCUAGAGGAGCUAUUGUCGCUGAAUUUAACAUAGAGCCCACACCAGCUACCCCAGACUUUCACUUUUACUUUGAAGGUCCCUGUGGUACAACUUUACCAGAGGCUCUGUCUGAU